AUGCGGGCUGCAGCCUGCCUCCUCUCCCUGGCGCUCUGCGCCCUGCCCGCUGCCCCAGGAGGCGCCGGGCCGGCGGCAGCGGCGGCGGGGCGGCGGGGCGAGAGCCGCUUCGCGGAGCGAGAGAGCAUCAGGCCCCUGCGGCUGGUGUCGGGCGGCGGCGGGGCGCGGCGGCCGGCGCUGAGCACCCGGGUGCGGAGCGGCGCGGCGCGGAGGCAGUCUACCCACAUUGCUCGAGCCAGCUUCCAGGUUGAUGCUUUUGGAUCAUCUUUCAUCCUAGAUGUGAAGCUAAACCAUGACCUGCUGUCUUCUGAGUAUCUGGAGAGACAUAUUGAGCAAGGUGGGAAGACAGUGGAAGUUAAAGGAGGAGAACACUGCUAUUAUCAGGGAGAAAUUCGAGGAAAUCCUGUAUCAUUUGUUGCCUUGUCAACAUGCCAUGGAUUACAUGGGAUGUUCUAUGAUGGAAAUCAUACUUACCUUAUUGAGCCAGACGAAAACUACACUUCAGAUGAUGACUUCCAUUUCCACUCUGUUUACAAAUCCAAGUUGUUUGAGUUUCCUUUGGAUGACCUGCCAUCUGAGUUCUGGCAAAUGAAUGCUACAUCGCAGAAGUUUGUUGUAAAGCCAAGACAUAAGAGAAGUAAAAGGCAGGUUCGUCAGAUUCCACGUAAAGUUGAAGAGGAAACAAAAUACAUCGAGUUAAUGAUUGUAAAUGAUCAUCUAAUGUGUAAAAAGCACCGCUUGUCAGUUGGCCAUACAAACAGCUAUGCUAAAUCAGUUGUGAACAUGGCAGAUUUAAUAUAUAAAGAACAACUUAACACCAGGAUAGUAUUGGUUGCCAUGGAAACCUGGGCUACUGAUAACAAGUUCACCAUAUCUGAAAACCCCUUGGUGACCCUACGUGAGUUUAUGAAAUAUAGGAGGGAUUUUAUCAGAGAGAAAAGUGACGCAGUUCACCUUUUUUCGGGCAGUCGAUUUCAGAGCAGUCGAAGUGGUGUAGCCCACACUGGUGGAAUCUGCUCCUUGCUUAAAGGCGGAGGUGUGAAUGAGUUUGGAAAGCCAGACUUAAUGGCAGUUACCCUUGCACAGACCUUGGCCCAAAACAUCGGCAUUUUCUCAGACAGAAGAAAACUCAUAAGUGGUGAGUGUAAGUGUGAGGACACGUGGUCUGGAUGCAUAAUGGGAGACACAGGGUAUUAUCUUCCAAGCAAGUUCUCCAAGUGUGAUAUUGAAGAGUAUCAUGAAUUUUUAAAUAAUGGAGGUGGAGCCUGCCUUUUCAAUAAACCAACCAAACUUCUGGAUCCUCCAGAGUGUGGCAAUGGCUUUGUGGAAGAUGGAGAAGAGUGUGACUGUGGGACUAUAGCAGAGUGUGCCAGCGAAGGAGGAGAGUGCUGCAAUACUUGCACCCUGACGGCAGGCUCCCAGUGCAGCAACGGGCUUUGCUGUCGGAAAUGCCGGUUUGAACCUAAAGGAGUUUUGUGCCGAGAAGCAGUGAAUGAUUGUGAUAUUGCAGAGAACUGCACAGGAAAUUCCAGUCAGUGUUCUCCCAAUAUUCAUAAGAUGGAUGGAUAUUCAUGUGAUAACAAGCAGGGUAUUUGUUUUGGAGGAAGAUGUAAAACCAGGGACCGGCAGUGUAAAUAUAUCUGGGGUGAAAAAGUGACAGCUGCUGACAGGUACUGCUAUGAGAAGCUGAAUAUUGAAGGGACUGAGAAAGGAAACUGUGGAAGAGACAAGGACUCUUGGAUACAGUGCAAUAAACAGGAUGUACUUUGUGGAUACCUUCUGUGUUCCAAUAUAUCCAGUGUGCCUAGACUUGGAGAACUCGAUGGUGAAAUCACAUCAUCAAUCUUGCAGUUUGGAAAAGUCUACAAUUGCAGUGGUGGCCAUGUGAAGCUCGAUGAGGAGACAGACCUGGGCUAUGUGGAGAAUGGGACGCCCUGCGGGCCAAACAUGGUGUGCCUUGAGCAUCGCUGCCUCCCCACCGAGGCCUUCAACUUCAGUACCUGCCCAGGCACCACAGACAGCCAAAUUUGUUCAGGACAUGGUGUUUGUAGCAAUGAAAUAAAGUGUGUCUGUGACCGAUUCUGGGGAGGAGAUGACUGCAGUUCUCGUAUCAAAGAUGAUAUAUUUUUUGAUAAAGAUGCCAUCAACAAAGGUGUUGUUAGCACAAAUAUAAUAAUAGGAGCUAUUGCUGGCACCAUUUUAGUGUUGGCUCUCGUUUUAGGAAUAACUGGUUGGGGUUACAAAAACUACAGAAGACAGAGACAAAUACCCCAGGGAGAUUAUGUAAAAAAACCUGGAGAGGCCGACUCUUUUUAUAGCGACAUGCCUCCUGGAGUCAGCACAAACUCUGCAUCUAGUUCUAAGAAGAGGUCUGCUUUUCUGUCGCAUUUUCAGAUUUCUACCUGUUCCAUCACCCAUUAUUCCAUUAGUCAGAACAUUUCAUUGUUUUGCAGCAGGUCAAAUGGAUUGUCUCAUUCCUGGAGUGAAAGGAUCCCAGACACAAAACAUAUUUCAGACAUUUGUGAAAAUGGGAGGCCUAGGAGUAAUUCUUGGCAAGGUAAUAUAGGAGGAAACAGAAAGAAAGUCAGAGGCAAAAGAUUUAGGCCACGGUCUAAUUCAACUGAGUAUUUAAACCCAUGGUUCAAAAGAGAAUAUAAUGUAGCUAAGUGGGUAGAAGAUGUGAAUAAAAACACUGAAGGACCAUACUUUAGGACACUAUCUCCUGCAAAGUCUCCAUCUUCGUCCACCGGAUCUAUUGCUUCCAGCAGAAAAUACCCUUACCCGAUGCCACCACUUCCUGAUGAGGAGAAAAAAGCCAACAGGCAAAGUGCCAGGCUAUGGGAGACUUCCAUUUAGCUGCACAGUUUUCCUGGGGUGACAUCAGAACUGUUUACUUCGAAUUUUAUAGAAACUCAGCAUCUCUGAGUCAUUGAACAUUCAUCUGCUCUUCAGAGAAUUUGAAAGAUCAACAGAGAUGCCCAUGAUCACAGUGAGAACCUCCUCUCAUCUGGAAGGGAAAAAAGCAGUCUUUUUUUUUUUUUUCUUUCUUUCUUUCUUCCUUUCUUUCUUUCUUUUUUGUUGACUAGUAUUUUAUGGAUUUGAUGAACAACCAAAAUCAUAACAAUUAACAGGGGAUAAUUAGCCCAGAUGUGACAAGGCUGUUCCGCAUGAUGACAGAUACACUUACCUAGAAUCCCAACUGCAGUCUGUUUGCCAGUCCCGCGUAAGGGAGAUUUUUCUCUGGUUUAAUGCAGUCCUGAGUCAGACCCAAGUGGAACUGGGAACACGCCUCCCGCAGAGCCCAGCCAAUGUAAACUUGUAUGCUGUAUGCAUGAACCUUGUGUUCUUUACUUUCCACAUGUAAGGGAUAAACAACAUACUGUAGUAGAAAUUAGCAUGCAGGAGUAAGAAAUAUAGGAUUUUUUUUUUUUUUUUGUGACAGGAUUUCAAGCCUUGAAAGGCAACUAUUUGACACAAAUGUCAAACAAACAAGGAUUAUAUCUUUUUUUUUUUUUUUUAUAAUCUCAGUAUAUGGAUUGUAUAUAUGUAAACAUUUGAUAAUGUCAAAAACAGCAGUUAUACAUAAGUGUAUUUUGCUAAAUGCCUAAAGAAACAGUCAUGACUAACAUCAUCACACUUCAAAUUUUCUAAUAUUACGAGCAGACAACUUUGGAAAUACAGAAAGUACAGUACUGUAAAACUGUGUCUCAGAAACUGGUGUUUGACCAAAAUCUGUACUAUCUUUUCAGUAUCUUAUACUGUCUUGACAAUCUCAGUUGUAUGGUAGACUGCAGAAACCAGUACAGCAGCACUUUGUCUUAAAUCAUCGUAAGAGGAACCAGCCAAAAUACAUUGUUCAGUGAGAUGACCAGUGUAUCCUCUCACAGGUGUAAUCAUGAAUGAUUCGGCAGACAACACAGUCUUUAAGUGAUGUGCAGCCCAAACUUACUGGACAUUUGGGAAUACUCCUAAGUAAUCAAUUCAGGAUGUGGUGAUGUGAAGUCCUUCUCAUGAGAGUUGCUGUGUAUUUUUGAUAGAGCAUUUCAGACACUGUUUUAGAUGGCAAGGCAUAGCUUAUGAGAAGCGUAACGAUUUCACUGCACUAGAUAAUAACAGUGCUGGGCAAGUGGCCAGUUUCAUUGCUGUCUUUCAUUUUUGUUACUGGAAUCACCUUUACCAUGUGCUUGAAUGCUAUGCUUGCUACCCCUGAAGCCCACUUAACAAUUUUUGGGGGCAUUAAACUGAGUGCAAGUGAGUUUAACCUAAAAAAAUGGGGCGGGGGGAACAAAACCUUUCUCUUGGGAAUGUUAAUCUUGUGUAUAUGUGGGUGGUUAGAUUUCUAACACCUGAGACUUCUAAAGGUUGUUGUAAAACAAAUGCUUUUUGACUGGGAAUUUUCAGUCAGUAAGAAACUGGACCAUAUUAAAUCAGUUUAUAAUUCUCCAGCUUUUCAGAAUUGACUAAUUCUUAGCUUCAGGUAGUACCAUUGCAGAAUAAAACACCCAAUUCUGUGUGGUGCAGUCAAAUACCUUGCCCAACAGCCGUAUGAUCAAUUAGAUAUUAUUGUAAUGGGAACAUCUACGGUGUUUCUGAAUCUUCUACCUCUCUCAUGUAUUUCCUUUAAUAAGUGAAGCCAACACUUACAGCCUUUUAAUAUAUUUUUUUAAGUCUCUCGAUUAAGUCAGAUAUAUGUAAGAUUAAAUUAAGAAAUGUUUAAAGAUGUCAGCAACUGUAAAGUAUGUAAGAUUUUUAGAAGUAUUAUAUUUUAUGAUUAGGCUGUAUGUUGGAUUAUGACAAAAUAUUGGCCUUGGCGUUCAAAUGAUUUUCCUUCACAGUCAACAGGUUCUGGUAAGUAUUUUGGAGAAAGACAAAUACGAGUGAGUGCAAGUGGAUGCAGACAGACCAUCUGGAAGGAGCCAGUCACUUGUAAUUGCUUUAGGAAAAGAUUCGGCACUUUUGUGAAGAGUUAAUAUCUGUCAGCACUGAAGAAUGUUUUUUGCAAAGAUGUACUUUGAGUGGAGAUAACUGGAUUAAACAUAGUUGGUAGCACGUAGCUCAUGAAAUUAGGGUCUGAGCCAUAAUCACUUGAAAUCAGUAUGUCUUUUACUGAUUUCACUGGACUUUGAGCAGGACCCUCAAGGAGUUUACCCACAUUAGGACACUAUGCUAACCCAAUAGCCACUGUGUUACUCUGUCGCCUGGAAGCUGUUUUUCCCUCCCAUAUUAGUAACUUGUCUUUAGUAACUGGACUGGUCAUCAUGUGCCUUUUAUGGUAUUUUGUUUGGAUACAAACUGUCAUGUAAUUUUGAAUAAUCCUGUUAGAUUUCUCUGCAUAUUUUAUGUUUACCACUGUUUACUCUUCCCUUUUGAUUUUGCCUUAUCAAGAAGCAGCAAGAUUUGGCAGAUGGAACUGGAUGUAACAUACUGGCUCUCUGUGUAAUGUUCAUAGCUUCUUGUUUUGCAAACAAAUGGCUCUCCUAACUGUAUUUUAAAUGUAGUAUGUACUUUCAGCUUCUCUCUUGUUUUGGUAUAAAUAAUUUGUGGCAUAUGAUGAUACAGUUACAUGUGUAGUGUAACUUUAACAGUCACUUUCACAUUUGGAGAUACGUAGUGACUGGAAGUCUAAUUAUGAGCACUAAGUUUAAGUUAAAUAAAUAUUGACUUUCACUUUGAUGGUCUAGAGUGAGAACACCACAGGACUUGGGUUGGUAACUUGGAGAACUUGUUGUUGCACAAAACCUGAACUGGCAGGGCUGUGUGAGCCUCCAAAGCCAGUGAAGGUCAGAGAGAGAAGUUGUUUGCUUACAUUUGGUGGGUUCCUGCUUUUAAAAUGUAGAGUGUUGGAAAGCUGCCAGAUUAAUAACUUUGAAGAUUACAAAUAUUUUUAUCCACUGUAGUUAGUUGCACUGGCAACAGCAAUAUAAAUUGCCGCGUAAUACCUCAUCCAGUCUAAAAUCGAGUACUUGUAUUGUCAGUAAGAUAGCUCAGUCAUUUUGACUCAUUGAGACUCAUGCUUUUAUUUUGUUUUUAUUUUAAUAAAUGAACUAGUUAUUUCCAGCUAUGCUGUAGAUGCCUGUUGAAGUGGGGAGGUUAUCAGUUCUUCUCAAAUAGAAGUAAUUGUCCAUAUGUGCAUAGGUCUUGCAGGAUGACCUAUAUUUACAUUAGUGUUAUGUAUUUCAACAUGGGAGAAUAAUCUUGUAUAAUUUAAAAUAAAUAUAACUAACUGAUGGAGACUGGAAAAUAGAGAUUGUAUCCAAAUAAUAAUGCUGCACAAUGAUGCCACAGUUUAACAAGUAAAAAUUUACCUGCUAAUUCCCGAUUUGUUGACAUAAGAAUUUCAGUAAUCCAUACUGUAGACUUUUGGUGAAUAUACUCAAGCAAUAUACCAGAAAUGGUUGUGAUUAAUAAUUUACAUACAGUUUUGUUAUAAUUAAAUAAGAGUUUUAAGGAGGUUGUUAAUUUUAUACAGCCUAUCUUUGCUUAAAUUGUGAACUUGUCACUACAUGCCAGUUAUCUGAUUUGAAGUGUGACUUGACUUUGAAGAUAGCUACUUCCAAAUGAUUUGAAUUCCUGAUUAUAAGAUGUUGAACCUGCUAAAUUGAUGCACUCAUCAGAUAAUUUUGAUGGUGCUAAUGAACAAAUAGACCUUUGAGCUAUAGCCUGAAUUAAAUUCAGAAAGAAAUUGUGUCAGUAGCUAGUGUACUGAAGUCCUCUUACCUGAAUCCCUGUUGCUGGUUUUAAAUGAACUGAGUGGUCUUGUCAACGGCAAUGUGACAACCAUUUUCAAAACCACAGCUAAGAAUAAGUACAUACACUAUUACAGGCACGCAUACACUACAAAUUCAGACCAAAUUUGCAGUCAUUUCAUUAAUGAAUGAAUUAAUUAAUAGGAUAGGAUGUAACAUGAAAGAAUGAUGAGACUCCAUAAUCCUACAGGAUAAGAAGUUAGCUCUUAGGACUUGCUCUGCCAUCGGAUCCCAUACCUAGCUGUUGUAAGCAAAAUUAUCACACUCCAGUGUAAAACUCCUGUUCUCUUCCAUCCCUUUUCUGCUUCUGCUGAAAAGCAUUUCCAUGAAUGAUAAUAGCCUCUUGUGUUAAUUGGCUAGCAUCAAGAGGAUGAUAAAUUAGUCACCUUUCCACACAACGUCCUGGAUAAGGUCUUUCCAGUGCCUCAGGUUGCAUGUGCAGUUUGCACCGAUGUGCUGGUUUUGGCUGGGAUAGAGUUAAUUUUCUCCAUAGUAGCUGGUGUGGGGCUGUGUCUUGGGUUUGUGUUGGAAACAGCAUUGAUAAUGCAGGGAUGUUUCCCUUACUGCUGAGCAGUGCUUACGCAGCGCCAAGGCCUUUUCUGCUCCUCACCCCACCCCAGCGGCAAGCAGGCUGGGGGGGCGCAAGGAGUUGGGAGGGGGCACAGCCAGGACAGCUCACCCCAACUGACUCAAGGGAUACCCCACACCGUAUGGCGUCAUGCUCAGCAAUAAAACCGAGGGAAGGUUGGCGGGGGGCCGCUGCUCGGGGACUGCCUGGGCAUCCGCCAGUUGGUGGUGAGCAACUGUUUUCAUUUGCAUCACUCGUCUUUCUUGGGUUUUAUUUAUCUCUUUGUUAUUUCCCUUUUCAUUACAAUUUAUUAUUAUUAUUACUA